AUGAAUUUUCAAAAAAUUUCGAUUAUUCUCUAUAUUUUCAUAAAAUUUAGAAUUUCUCGAGAAGAAGAAGAUGUUGAACCGGUAGGUUUUAUAUUUUUUGAUGGAAUUUUGAAUUUCAAUUUCCAGACAAAAUUUCUGCAAAACUUUGGUUAUUUGCCUGCUGGAACACAUCAAUUCAGUCAAGAAUCAAUGAGAAAAGCGGUGAAGAAAAUGCAAAAAAUGGCUGGAAUUCGAGAAACUGGAGAGAUUGAUGGAUGGACGAAAUAUAUGAUGGCACAACCGAGAUGUGGAAUUCCUGAUGUUGAAGUUAGGUUGGUUUAGGAUUUGGCAAAAAUUUUUGAAAGAAAAAAAUUUACUGUUUCAAAAAUUAUAUAAAUUUUUUUGUGGGGGGGGGGUUGUGGAAUUGAUCAUUAAAAAAACUCAAACUAUAAUUUUCCUGACUUCAACAAAAAUUAACUGUUUCAAUAAUUUUAAUUAUUUUUUGUAGUUUGAUUCGAAUGCUUGUCAAACAAUUAUUUUUUAUGCAAAUAUUGAAAAUAUUAAAUUUUACUGUUUCAAAAGAUCCAUAAAUACUGUUCGUGAAAUUCAAAUUUUGAUAGAACAGACAAACAACCCUCAAAAAUUCUAGAAAAUUUUCCUGAAAAAAUUCCUGUUUCAAUAUAUUCAUUUUUCAAUUUUGAAACUAUUUUUGCUUUAAAGGAAAUUCACUGUUUCAAAAUUUUUAUAAAUAUUUUCGUUCAAUCUUAAAUAUUAGUAUGCACUUCAUGUGUUCUGUACUCUUAAAAUCCAAGUGGCAAAGCUAAGGUUACUGUAGCUCAUUUUUCCCGCAAAAAAAUUCCAAUAAUUUUUUUUUUCAGGAAACGUGCAAAACGAAGUGGUCCAGCCAUUUCCACGUGGAACAAAAAAGUGAUAACUUACGGGUAGGUCAAACAUUUUCCCCCAAAAUUCAAUAAAAAAUUGCGAAAUCUCUCUUGAUCAACUCAUUCUAGGAGGUUGUGAUGUUCUCGAAAAAUCUAUCAGAUUUUUCAUUUUCAUUUUUGUACAACAUGACAACCAGCAGAACGGGUAGAUCAAAAUAAUUUCCUUUUUGACAUCACGUCAGAAAAUAAUAGACUACGGUGGAAGAUAGAUAUUGGAAGCAGCAAAAAUAGUAGAAGUGAUGAGUGGAGCAAUGCAGAGCACAGAAAAAAGUGGGCGUGGCAAUAGAUCGAUUAGAGAGUGUGAUUUUUUGAGAGACGCAGAUUGGGCAGCUGGCGAGUUUAAAGUAAGAAAAGAAAAAAGAAGGAAAAGAAGAAGUUUGAAAGAGAGGUCACCAGAUGAAAUAUUUGUAAGUGUUUGUGUGUAAAAUUGAGAACCAACCAACGGAACGCCGCUUUUUUAUUGCACAACGGAUGAGAAGAAUUUGGUGGAAAAAUCCAGGGUGGAUUAGGGUUGGAGUGAUUAGAAGCAGAAAAAUAUUGGUAGAAAAUUUGAAACAGUUAACUUUUUCAGAAAAGGAAAAAAUUUCAAUUAAAUUUGCACAAGAAAAAUUGAAAGUGUAGAAAUUUUGAAACAGCUAAUUUUUGAAGAAAACAAUCAAUUCAGAAAAAAAUUACAAAUUUUGCCACGUCAUAAAGUCAUUUUGUGAAGAAUUAUUUUUUGUGAAUCCGAAUGAGUUUUGUUAUUUUUUUUUGUAAAAAAAAAUUACUGUUUCAAAAAAUUCAUAUAUUCUAACGAAGAUUCAUUAUUCAGAAUGAUUUUCGAUCUGCCCGAGUUUCCAUAAAAAUGAAAAGAUUUCCUGAAAAAUUUAACUUCAAGUUCACAUUUCACAUCAAAAAAUUUUUUCAAAUUUCUCUCCAAUUUUCCAGAGUUCAAAUUUACGCCAAUAUACAGAAACUUUAAAAAUUCGAGAAAAAUUUACUGUUUCAAUGCAUAUUUUUCUGAUUAAAAUUUGCAGAGUUCUUGCCCCUUCUUCCAAUGCUCAAAAAUUCAAGCGUUCUUUGGUUGAUAUUCGCCGCGCAGCUCGUCAAGCAGCUCAACAAUGGUCUGAUUUAGCGGAUAUCGAGAUAAUCGAAGCACCGAAUGGUGUGAAACCUGAUAUUCGAAUUUCGGUUGAGGUGAGUGAAUUGGAGAAAACUUUUGAAUUUUAACAAAUAAUAUAAACAAUUUUGCUUUGUUUAUAUUAAAAAGUUGGUUGGUUGGACGAUUUUUUACACAAAAUUUUUUAAUUGAGAAUGUGAAGGGGAGCAAAAAAAGAUGAUUUAUUUGAUGGUGUAAAAAUAAGAAAACCACGUGGUAAUUUAGCAUCAUUUAGAAAUUACGAAAAAAAAAUUAGGAAUGACAUUUUUGAAAAUUUUUUCUUACGUGACAUCAUUUCACGCCAGACUGUAUUUAAUAUUUUUCAUUUCUCUUUUUUUUCAGCGCGACGGUUAUCAUCAAUCGUGUUCAUUUCCAUUUCAACACGGUACUUUAGCGCACGCUUUCCAACCGCCUUACGGAAAUAUUCAUCUCAAUGAAAAUGUCGAUUUUGUGAUGACAAAUUUCACCGAAAACUUCGGAUCGAAUUCGUUGUUUUCAGUUGUUGUUCAUGAAAUGGGACAUGCUUUGGGUUUUGAUCAUAAUGAGGAAAAAGAUAGUGUUAUGUUUGCAUAUGAUACAAUUAGGAAAUGGAGAUUUACGGAGAGGGAUCGAUAUUUUAUGAGAAUGAGUUAUGGUAAGUGAAGAAGGGAGAGAGAAUUUGGUGAUUUUUGACAUCAAAAAUCAAUAGAUCUAUUGUCAAGUACAAUAUUCCAGGCUCCAAAAAAUCGUCACCAACAUCUUCAACUCGUUCUCCACCCGCCCCUAAACCAAUUCCCACACCAACCGCCGAAACUGACACUCUCCGCCCUCCCAAACUUUGUGAAAUCGAAAAUCCAGUCAUCGUCAAUUAUCGCAACGAAUAUUUGAUUUUCAAAAAGUUUGUGGGUUUGGCGAGUGACUGCAGAUUUUAGCGCGAAAAUCACAGAGGCUAUCGCGAUUUCGGCAAUGUUUCCUGGUUUAGUGGCGGCGCCAAUUCAAGCGGCUUUAGUGGUUCAGGGACAAUUGUGGGUUUUUGUUGGUGAGUUAUAAAUAGUGUUCUUCGCACGAAGAAUCCCAAUUUUCAGACGAUAAAAUCUAUGUGAUUCAUGGUCGUCAAAUAGUUCAUGCUCCAAUUUCGCUCAAAUCUCUCGGAAUCAAUGAGACUUCAAUAGAUCUAGCCUACGAAUGGCAUUAUUUCAAACCGCCCGCAAUUUAUUUGUGGAAAAAUGAGAAAUAUUGGAAAUUGGAUGAACAUUCAUGGUAUCGAAAAAGUGAUGAAAGAUAUCCGAGAAAUAUUAGUUUGAAUUGGGCAAAUGUGCCCAAAAAUGUGGCAAGCGCUUUCAAUUUUCAAGAUGGUAAGAUAUAUUGGGUGAAAACUUCUAUUUUUUUUCUUAGAAAUUCAUUUCGUUCGCGACAAUUUGAUCUACCGUAUGAAUUCUUCACGUGCAGUUUUCGACGUCGAAAAUGGAUAUCCGAUCAGAAUUCAACAAUUUUUCAAGUUUUGUGAUUUAUCCCUAUACCAAAAUUCUACAAUUUACCCUAAUCUCAAUUAUUUUUGGAGUUUCUUGA